UUUUUGCUGGGUUGCACCGAAGGGAAUAACAAUGACGUAAUUCAGCCGUCAAUUCAUACAAGAGUGCCCCGAUGUCAACAGUCUGUUCUUAGCUCGCGACUUCUUUUAACUUCGCUAAUUUUCUACAAGUUUAUUUUGUCAAUUAAUCGAAAACCAAAGUGCGAUAAGAGGCACAUACGAGAAGCACGCCUACUGAAGAUUGUUGAGGAGUGGCUUUUGAGAGAAAUCCUGAAUACAUCAUUUUCAAGGCUUACUUGAUAGUAAGAAAAUGCCACCCGUAGUUGGAGUUACCCAACACAUGUCGCUAGAAACGAUGUCAUGUACCCGUUGUGGGGACGGGUUCGAACCCCACGAAAAAAUUGUGAACUCCAACGGAGAAUUGUGGCACACACAAUGUUUUGUCUGCGCCCAAUGUUUCCGGCCAUUUCAAGAUGGUGUUUACUACGAGUUCGAAGGGCGUAAAUAUUGCGAGAGAGACUUUCACGUCCUUUUUGCCCCAUGUUGUAACAAGUGCGGUGAAUUCGUAAUCGGACGUGUGAUUAAGGCAAUGGCAGCUAAUUGGCAUCCGCAGUGUUUCCGAUGCCAGAUGUGUGCAAAGGAAUUAGCUGACUGUGGGUUUAUUCGUAACCAAAAUCGCGCCCUAUGCCACGAGUGCAAUGCCAAGGUUAAAGAAGUCGGGAUGGGCAAAUACAUGUGUAAUAAGUGCCAUGGAAUGAUCGAUGAUGCGCCCCUACGGUUUCGAGGCGAGGUUUACCACGGUUACCAUUUCAACUGCACUGCCUGUGGCGUUGAAUUGGACUCUACCGCGAGGGAAGUUAAAAGUCGUCCUGGGUUUGCAGCUAAUGAUAUGAAUGAACUGUAUUGCCUUCGUUGCCACGACAAAAUGGGUAUUCCGAUUUGUGGAGCAUGUCGCCGUCCAAUCGAAGAGCGGGUUGUAACAGCUCUGGGCAAACAUUGGCAUGUUGAGCAUUUCGUCUGUGCCAAAUGUGAGAAACCCUUCCUGGGUCAUCGUCACUAUGAAAAACGUGGGCUUGCCUAUUGUGAAACGCAUUAUCAUCAGUUAUUUGGCAACUUGUGCUUUGUAUGCAACCAAGUUAUAUCCGGAGAUGUAUUCACAGCGUUGAAUAAGGCGUGGUGUGUUCAUCACUUUGCUUGUUCCGUAUGUGAUACAAAAAUGACUCAAAAGUCGAAAUUCUACGAAUACGAUGAAAAGCCAGUUUGCAAGAAGUGUUACGAGAGAUUUCCAGGUGAAUUGCGACGUCGUCUGCGUACAGCGCAUGAGAACACUAUGAAGAAAACUGCAUAGACAGAAAGUAACUUCUUGGUUGAUAGGUCGCGAUUGGACAAAACUACAUUUAUCAUGAAUAUAAUACAGAUUGUCGGCUACUUGUCGUUUUAAUGUGCCUUAGAUGUUUUAUAGGAAUUAUUUUCACCAAAUACGGACAAUAACAAUUUUAAUAAUUUUAUUUUUUCGUUGGCUCGAAUGAAAUCAUAUACUCGUUUGUAAUCAAUACAGCUAACAUUGUUAAAGAAUGUUACAUAAUUUUGUCGUAAGUGCUUUUGUUGUGAAAUAUAUUUUUCUACUAAUGGA